AUGGCGGAUGAACACAUAACAAACACCAAGAAAGCUCCUGGUGCCAGUAUCAAGUCGCGCCAAACCGCAGAUGAUGUGUCGCUUCUUGAAUGGCGUCCCGGGCGAGAUCCAGCUAACAUAGAGAUCAACCGCAGGGUCAGGCGAAGCCAGCGGCUCCAAGGAAACCACGAGACGGAAUCUCCGCAAGAAGGGCAUCACGCUGGAGAAGUGCCAUCAACAAUAGCUUCAGCACAUGGUCGACAAGACUCCCCGAGAGAGCUGACGGGGAUUGAAUCCAAUUCGUCUGAAACAUCUGUGCAAUUGUCUUCCAUCACCGUUGGGCCUCCAAGAAGGACCAGGAGAGUUAUCCCUCCAGACUGGAAACCGCCCUUGGCCAUCGGCGACUCACUUGGGAAUAAUCUUAGCCGGAUUGAAGAAGCGGAGCGAUCUGUCCUCCAGUGGGAAGCUAUUGUCGAGAAGACACGCAAAUCUCAGCCACUGGCAGAUUUAUCUGGUCUCGAACGACAGCUGGAAAAUGUCCGUCGAAAAUUCGAAGAAAUGGAAGAGACGGAUGAGAACACGAUGCCUGUUGACGAGCUUCAGUCGACCCAAAGACAACGAGUUCAAGAGCGAAUAAGACUUCUUACAACAUCUCUUGACCGAAGCGAAUGCCCAGCUGGCGAUAUCAAUAUCCGCGCCGCCAUAGAAGCUUACCGCACUGGGACGAUCAAGUGCUGGGACAAAUGGACACUCCUAUACGCGGGUCGGGUAGCAGAUUUCUGCCCUUCGUAUGAAUCUUUCACUCUCGAUCGAGACGAGAGAAUGGAACGAUACCAUAGCCUGUACGGUGAAGGCUGGCUAUGGUAUGAGCCUCCUCUUGCACCAAGGGGCAACUAUCAACCCGAACAGCUCAUGGCGGCGACGUGGGCGCAGCCCUCGGAACACUGCGGUAUGUUGACGGGGUACCAAGCUUUCGGGUGGAAUAUCCACAUGGGAUUUCGGCGCGUAAAGGGCUUCCAUAGUCGCAUAUCCAAAAGACUAGAUGAUCCUAAUCGUAGGAAGAGCGGAAAGGUCCUCCUGUAUCAGACAAAAAUGAGAGAAGAGGAAUCAGAGGAGAGAGAUACCUGUUUUGUUGAGGACGAAGACAACGACAAGGCAGCACCCCGUGUGUGCUUCAACAUGCAGCUUGACAGCGGAGCAACUCAUCCCUGUCUGCACAAUACCGACUUGGAUUAUAUAGGUAUUGAUCGAAAGACAUACCCGGCGCAAACACACACCCCAAUUAACACAGCAACGUCAUCUGCAGUCGCCAAGAUCUACGAGAUGCGCGUCGAUGUCUGUAGACAUAACGGAGAGUCACUCGUGGGAGAUAAACCAGUCUACCCAGACGAUCGUCGAGAGUUGGGCGGUAUAGUUCCAGUCUUGGUCCUGAUUCAAUCUUCUGAUGACCAGAGUGGACCGUUGGAUGAGUGGUUGAAAGAAGCUGAGACAGACGGCAAAGAUAUCAGCGAAAAAACAAUGGCAGAACGCUACAAAGGCCAGAGAGAAACGCGUCUGUCUGGAAUGCUUCCAUUCCAAGUGUGUUAUUUUUCAGGAACUCCCGGAGCGUCCACAUUCUGGUUUGGCGAAGAUCGCCGAGACGUUAUAGGGACGGAUCGCAUGCCAGGUCAGCGACGUUGGGAACGACACAAGAGGGUGCAAGGUGCGAAGGUCCCAAAAGAGGCUCUCAACAUGAAUCGCCCGACGAUUAUCUUCGAACAGCAGAACAAGAAUGGCACAAGAGUCGUUGACGUGGACUCGAUCGAAGACCCAGGCAUGAGCUUCUUAACCAUUGACGACAAAAAGGGGUCAAGACGAGUGUUCUUGAGAGCAGGAGAGGAGCCAAAAGAAGUGAUUCUUAGCUCAAGGACUAAAUCUCAAGCAAAGACUCCGGCUCCUACAAGGGUAUUGCGUCCACGAAAAAGGCAGAAAACGGCUUCGUCGUGA